CUCUAGUGUUUGAAAUAGCAGGAGCAGCAUUUUAUUUAGAUGCCUAUCAGUGACAGGAGACUUGUAAACCAAAUACAUAGAGUGAGAGGAACUAAAGUUAGGUCACAAAUUCCCCAAAGGGUGGAGUCUGAGCAAAAGUGCUUUCAAUUUCUCAGUCAGAAGUCUGACGAUAAAUUUAUAAGGAACUUUGAGAAGUUUUAUUUUCGUUAAAGAAGAGACACGGGAGCUGUGGACCCCACUGGAAUCCUAGCUGAACUCGUAAUGGAAUCUUCACCUCUUGAGUUACCAGCUGACACACUACAACGCAUUGCAUCUGAACUUAGAUGUCACCCAACAGAUGAGAGGGUCGCCCUCCGCCUCGAUGAGGAAGAUGAGAUGAAGCACUUCAGGGAGUGUUUUUAUAUUCCCAAAAAGCAGGAUCUUCCUCCAAUUGAUUUAUCUUUAGUGGAUAAGGAUGAAGAUGCCAUCUAUUUCUUGGGAAAUUCUCUUGGCCUUCAACCAAAAAUGGUUAAAACAUAUCUGGAAGAAGAACUAGAUAAGUGGGCCAAAAUGGGGGCUUACGGUCAUGAAGUAGGGAAACGUCCUUGGAUUAUAGGAGAUGAAGUUAUUUUAGGACUUAUGACUGACAUUGUAGGAGCCAAUGAAAAAGAAAUAGCCCUAAUGAAUGGUCUGACUCUGAAUUUACAUCUUCUACUGUUAUCAUUUUUCAAGCCUACAACCAAACGGUAUAAAAUUCUCCUAGAAGCCAAAGCCUUCCCUUCAGAUCAUUAUGCUGUUGAGUCGCAGCUUCAACUUCAUGGACUUCAGGUUGAGAAAAGUAUGAGGAUAAUAGAACCAAGAGAGGGGGAAGAAACAUUGAGAAUGGAGGAUAUCAUUGAAGUAAUUGAGAAUGAAGGUGACUCAAUUGCCGUGAUCCUGUUCAGUGGGGUGCAUUUUUACACUGGACAGCUCUUUAAUAUACCUGCCAUCACAAAAGCUGGACAAGCAAAGGGUUGUUUUGUUGGCUUUGAUCUAGCACAUGCAGUUGGAAACGUUGAACUCUAUUUACAUGACUGGGGAGUUGAUUUUGCCUGCUGGUGCUCCUACAAGUAUUUAAAUUCAGGAGCAGGAGGUCUUGCUGGUGCCUUUGUCCACGAAAAGCAUGCCUAUACAAUUAAACCUACCAAAUCCCAUUGAUGACAUUUUACCUACAAGGAAUUGGCAAAGGGCAAGCCAGUGCAGGCAGCAGGGAUGUGGUAAGUAAUCUACACACAUUCUAGAGAAUGCAAGUGUUAUCAGUUAAGCUCUGAUUUUACAGCAUCUCUCUUGCACUUUGGAUUUCUUUCACCAUUAUUUGCCUUUCAUGGAUGAGGAACAGGAGAGGGUGAAGGGACUAUAGUGUGCUUACACGUGUCUUAUUUUGUAGACCCAACAUUCUCUAGAGCCAGUAAGUUAACUGUUCAGUCUACACUCCCAGAAGAAAGAUCAUGCAAACAGAUGAGAUUUACAUUUCAGCUUGAUCACAUGCUGGUCCACAAGCUGAAGAAUGUUCCUUGACCUCUCAGUGUUCUAGCCUCUAAAUGAAGAUAACAUCAGCAUCUACCUUAUAGGCAAUUAUGGUGAGAUUAAAAUGGGAUGAUGCAUGUAAAGCACUUAGCACAGACACUGAAGCAUGAUAAGUGAUCCAUAUGUAGGCUAAGUAUUUUGUUGCCUUACUGUGAAGUUCCCUCUUAACUUGUAGAAUUUUGCCUAGUAGAGAUCAUUUCUCUCACACAGGAAAUAUAGCCUUAAAGGUUAUGGCUUGUGACCUUUGAAAUAUGAAACAGUUUUGUACCUAUUGCCAAACUCAGACUGACUCUAUAAGUCUCUAUUCCUUCAAUUCUUUCUUGCACUCUCCUUACCAUCUUACUGGCUCCCUUGCUAAUUAACGAGUUGAAUGAGAUCUUUAUUUGUGUUCACUAUGUUUGUAUGAGGGCUGUACUUUUAGCCUUUUUGAAAAUUAUAUGUUAUUACCCCUUAUUGCAUUUUAAAUAUCUGGCUUUGGAGACAAGAUUCAAAUCAGUCUGACUCAGGAAGCCCUCCUUACAGGAAACCACGGUUAUUGUUAUUUGUUUGUUAUUAAAGUUUCUUUUUAUGGUAUACCAGAGUGACUGCUUCCAGUGGUCCUAACUUCUACCCAAUAGUGGAACAUAACUGCUAUUGACGUUGCAAACUUUUUGAAGUAAACUUUGUCACUUAAAAAAGGGUGACAUCUAGUGGCUAGACACGUGAUUUCAAGUACAUAGUACAAGCAACUUUCUGGCCCAUUCUUUUUUUUUUUUUUAAUCAAGUGUUUUUUAAAAUACAUAUUUAAAUUAUUUUUCUUUUAGAUCAUGUGACUAUACAUUUACAGUGCAAUAGUUGUGUAGUCAAAGCCUUGGAUAAAGAAGUAAGAUAGGAUAGGAUAAAGGUGGAAGUUAAGGUGAGGGGUGUUCUAGGUAUAUGGUUAAACAUAAUGCAUAAAUAUUUAUCAAGGCUGAGAAGGGCAUUACGGGAGUGGUUAUCAUCUCCACCUAAUAUAGAGAAUGAAUCCUGGAAUAUAUAAACCUAUGCUCUAAAAAUUUAAUAUUCAGUAUAUAAUUUUAAAAUACCUUUUCUAUGAUGCUGCCAUUAACAACUGUUAAAAUACAUCCGUACCAAGAAAUUCUACUUCCUUUUUUUCUUUAAACAGGCAUUUUGGCCAUUGUUCAAUACUGAUGACCUAAGACUUUUUUCCAAGAACCCUUUUCCAAUAGAGAGAGUGAGAAGAGGCCAGAGUCAAUCCACUGAAUUAAGCAUUAUAACUCAAGUUAUUAUCCUCAACUAGAACCUGACCUUUUCCUAGUUUAGCAUCCCUUUUUCUCAUUCCAGUGUCAUAUUCUAAACCUUGUCUGUAGAUAAGAAUUACACUAAAUUAGGACUGGCUGUGAGUAAAUGUCAACUUAUGUGUUUUGGUUUUUUUUUUUUUUUUUCCCUUCAGUGCUGAUUUUAAUUUAGCCUAAAUAGUUAAUACAUAUUGCUCUGAAAUACAAAGUGAAAUACCUUUAAUUAUAAGAAUUUACCAAUCAUAAAUGAACCACUUUAAAACAAAGAAUCUUAAUUUUUUUCUCUUUAAGUUAAAUUCUAUAAGCUGAUAUUUCUGACAGUCUUUAGAUCAACACUUGAUCUUUUGGUUUUAGGAAUUUCAAAUAUAUCAUAAGCCCAUAAAAAAGAUUCUUCUAUAAGAGCCCAUGGACUACAAUUCAAGACAACGACCCAUACCUCUUGUUAAGAGGGACUCUAGUAUAAAAACAGGAGUGGAUUAUGUGAGCUAUUAAGACUGCUUUUAUGGGUUACUUUUGUACCCUGUACAGUGAAAUUAGACAUAUUGGAAGACUGCUGUUCCUCACUUUCCAUACUGGUAUAAAACCUCUAAAUUCUCCCAUGUAUUACAGCUCUUGAAAUGCUUGUUUUCCCCAUGUAUUUUUUUUUUUUUUUAGUUUUAUGACAAUGAGGCCUACUGAUAAUUCUUCGAAAAUGCUAGAUUUUGAAUCGUGCCAACACAUUUCCAUAAACAGCUAGAAGUAUUUGAUUGGAGGCUUUAAGUAGAGGUGACAUUUUUAAGGCUUUAUUAAGGGUUUGAGUCAUCUCCUUUAUUGUAAUAAGUAAUCUGAAGAUUAAAAAGAAUCAUCAGAAGAGGCUGGCUGUCAUCAGUGCAUGGUUAAGGCAAAUUUUAUAGCUCAAAGAUGUAUGUUACUAUUACUAUUAUUGGGGAACUUAAAAAAGAGGAAGACAUAUAAAACAAUGUACAAGAAAGUCUAAGAAAAUUAAAAAAAAAAGCAGCAAGAAAAUUUAGGGGAAAAACUUAGAAUAUUACAAGCAUAUGUUGUGCCUGACCCAACUGUACAAGUAAUGUUAUAUGUGAGAUCUUCUCUUUUUUUUUUUUUUUUUUUUUUUUGUCUUUUUAGGGCUGUAUCUAUGGCAUAUGAAAGUUCCCAGGCUAGGGGUCAAAUCAGAGCUGCAGCCUCUGGCCUAUGCCAAGACUAUAGCAACACCGGAUCCAAACCCAAACCGCACCUUCGACCUACACCACAGCUCACAGCAACUCCAAACCCUUAACCCACUGAGAAGGGCCAGGGAUUGAACCCACAUCUUCAUGGAUACUAGUCAGGUUCGUUACCACUGAGCCAUGAUAGGAACUCUGAGAUCAGCUAAUGCACAUUUGUUCCAAGGAGUGCUGACUUGAUAUAUUUGAUUCUACACACCAGAGAAUAACAGAGCCCAAAACUUAUCUAUGAUUUAAACCUUGUUUUGUGUUCUCUGUGAUAUUUUCUGACUUACCUCUUAUCACACCUUGCUUAGUACCUGCAUAAAGUCUCAUUAAGAGAGAGUAAAGAAAUGUAAGUGGCAGUACCAACAUAUGAUAUAUGAAUUCACAAAAUUCCAGAUGCUCUCAAAUGGGAUGGGCAAAUACAAUCAGUGAGAGUUUUCACAGAAUCUCUAGUUGAAUGAUGACCUAGACCUCCCAGGGUAUCUGUUUUACCAUUUAGCCUGUUCCUAGAGUUAGUUGUUUAUUAUGACCUAAUACGGGUAACUUCUCAGGCACAACUUCGUGCCCUGUCAACCAGCUAUACUUGGUAUACUGGGCCAUACCCUUUGUCCUUAAUGUUUACCUCACGUACCCCUUCUCCAGUGUGCCAUUUUCUCUUACUUCUGCUCCAGCGUAUGUGAUUACUCUUCUAUAUUUUGCAAAGUUUACUCUUUCUCUUUUUCACUGAUUCUCUCAAUGCCUCAAUCCCUGGUCCUCUUGUACAGGGCUAUCUUAUCCACAGUCUUGAUGUCAACAACUGACACUGUAGAAGAUACCAAUUUGCAUUUCCAGCUUUAGCAUUUGCUUAUUUUUUAGCCCUUACUGUCAUCUGACUGCAAAUUGCAAGAGUUCCUGAUUGUCAAAAAAUUAUCCCAGUCCCCAAAGACACAUGACAAUGUAGAAAAGCAAAAACUGUCACUACAGAAAAUUGUCACUGAUGAACUACCCACUUUUAAAAUUAGCCCUUCCUAAAAUCCUUUCCAAUUAGUAUUAGCAUUGAUUUAUAUGCAUUAUUAUAAAAACGUUUGGUCUCUUGCUGAUUGUGGAAGAAGUAUAACACCAUACAAACUUAAUGAAAAUGGAUUAUAAAGUAAAAUUUUCAAGAGAUUCAGAAUUUAAUGAUGCAAGUGAUAGAGAUGAACAGCUGAAUCACAAAAUCAUGGGCAAUGAGAAUAUGUCAGAAUCAGAACCAUUAAAAAGAUAAAGUAGAGGAAACUAGACAUGAUACUUCAAAAUCAAAUGAUGUGAAUAUCAGGGAUUAAAAGUAAAUUAUGAAUACUUUAGAAAUGUGGAAAUUAUCAUUUUAAUGUUCAUGCUAAAAACUUAAAUAUGAAAAAGAUUCUGAUUUGCCAUCAUAACAUUUGUCAAAAUAUGCUCCCAAUCAAUACUUAAUUUAUUAUUUAUUCUUUUAAUAAUUAUAAUUCUAAUCUUCUUUAUCAAACUGUAAAUUAAAUUUUUAUAUAAUUUUAUUUUAUUUAAUUAAUUUAUUUAUUUUGUCUUUUUGCUAUUUCUUGGGCCGCUCCCGCGGCAUAUGGAGAUUCCCAGGCUAGGGGUCUAAUCGGAGCGUAGCCACCAGCCUACACCAUAGCCACAGCAAUGCGUGAUCCGAGCCGCGUCUGCAACCUGCACCACAGCUCACAGCAACGCCGGAUCGUUAAGCCACUGAGCAAGGGCAGGGACCGAACCCGCAACGUCAUGGUUCCUAGUCGGAUUCGUUAACCACUGCGCCACGACGGGAACUCCUGUUAUAUAAUUUUAAACUUUGUUUUUUGAAAGCAUCUCAAUCAAAUCUUUGAUUUUUUUUUUCCCCUCCAUUAUUUACUAGAAAAGGAGGACUGGCUUAAAUUAGAUUUAUUUAUUUAUUUAUUUAUUUAGCUAUACUCAUGGCAUGCAGAAGUUCUGUGGGUCAGGCACUGAACCCAUGCCACAGCUGUGACCUGAGUCACAACAGAGAUCAGGCUGGAUCCUUAACCCACUGAGCCACCAGGGAGCUCCAAAAAUAGUUUUGUUUUGUUUUUUAUCUUUUUAUGGCCACACCUGCAGCAUAUGGAAGUUCCAAGGCUAGGAGUCAAACAGGAGCUACAGCUGCCGCUGGGCUACCCCACAACCACGGAAAUGAGGGAUCUGAGCCACGUCGGCGACCUACACCACAGCUCACAGUAAUGGUGGAUCCUUAACCCACUGAGCAAGGCCAGGAAUCAAACCCACAUCCUCAUGGAUAUUAGACGGGCUCAUUACUACUGAGCCACGAUGGGAACUCCCUAAAAUAGAUUUAUUUUAAAUGGCCUUUCCCAAUAUUAUAUUUGUAAUCAAAUAAUGAGGAUGUCCAAUAUAUCCAUACAUCUUUUUAAUCUUAAGAAUUAAACAUGGUGAAGCUUCCAUUUUUUUCCUAUUCCACCACAAGUAUCCUUUCUAAGAGCCUCAUUGCUUUAUCAAGUAAAGAAACUAAUCCUGAAUCAAUUGAGGAGCAAUAAGGAAAUAUAACCAACCUAUAUUUUGUACAAGAAACUUACACAAAAAUAGAGGAUAUUGCCUUUAAUUUUUAAAUUGUACAAAUUUAUCUGUUUGAGAGAUACCAUUUCAAUAGCUGAAUGAACAAUUUAAAUGAUGAGUAAGAUAGGUCAGACUAUGUGUCACAAGGCAACAUCUUAAUAAUUGCUCAGUGAAUUGUCAGACAUCACCAUAGAAGCAGUGGAGGGAUAGAUGACUUUAACUCAGAGCCACUUUGGAAAAGCUUCAACAAGUUGGUGGGGAAACUUAGAGAUAGAAUUCCUCUGCAAAUGGAAUGCUAUGUUAACUAAGUGAGUAAAUUUACUCCGUUACUUUGAAAGAUGAAAUUGUGCCUAUGAGAGAGAUUUCAUGGGUUAAUUUUAUACAUUUAAGGAAGUAUAAAGAGGAAGGAAGGAUUACUUAAAUGACAUUUCUUUAAGAGAUAUGUCAAGUGAUCUUUUUCUCUUUUAUACACUUUACUAGAAUUUUUAUGGAAUAUGAGUUAUUGACUUAACAUUUAAAGCCUGCUUAUUAUCAUAAAAUUGCUCUUUAUUCCUAUUAUACAAUAUUUUAGAAAUUAUAAACAGUGGUAAAAUCAAGUGUGCUUCAUACUCUUACUUAGCCCCAGAGCCAUGCCUACAUGGGUUAUACCUAUUAUAAAUCCUAGUCCUCAAAUCCUCAUGGUAAGGUAUCCAAAAGAACAUAAUUUGAUUGAAGAAAACUCACCCAUGGACUCAUGACAUAUAAUCUACACCUAUCUUCAUUCAGAAACUAUUUCAGAUCAAUAACUCUAAGAAGAUCCCUUGUCUUCUUGGCUUGGCAUUUUUUGCUAUGUAAAAUCAUCUAGAUAAUUUUCACAUGUUAUGAGUUUGAGCUGUGAUCAUAAAAAUAACAUUUAUAUACUGAGGCAUAAUUAUAGUUAAAAGGAAGUGCAAUAAAUAAUCUGAUUUUUCUCAACUCAAGAGAUAAAGUAAUCCUGGCUCUUAAAAGAAAACUGAAAUAAUAAUUAUCAGUAUAGAAAGAUACAUUAAAGUCAUUGUUGCUUGCAAAUCACUACUUUCAGAUAAUGAUGACAUAAUCAUUAACUUGAGAAAAUUGAAGUCCUUUGAAACAUCAAAAUUUAUUUUCUCUUUGAAAAUUGCAGUCUAGUGUCUCUGAAGAUAUAUGAGGUCAGUGAACCUUUUAGACACAAAAAGUAAAACUUGUCAAAGAGCUUCAGCUCUUGUUUUAAUUACUUCAAGUUUUGUCCCUAAAGUGACCUUUGGAAUCUGUAAGGGUUUUAACUAUAAACUGUGAAAAGCUAUUGCUAAACUUUUAUUUGUUCUUGUUGAGAAAACACGUGUACCCAUCUGAUCCUGCAAAACUGUGGUGCAAUGAUAUAUGCUGUGUAGGGCAGAGUGGGAAACUGCUCAUCACAUACAGACCCAGCAGGUCCUGGUGCUUCCAAGGCUGGUUGGGGUAACUUCACAGGCCACAAGAAUAUGUGUAAUGCACUACUCAGAACAAAGGUCUGAAUUCCUGUGAUCCACUGCCUCUUUGGUCACUUGUUUGUAGUUCCAUUCCAAAGGACAGGAUUUGAUUGAAUGGGAAUCACCUAGUUUUCUCUAGAAUUGAGGUCUGCCUCCAUCAUGAGAAGGUCCAUGUAGAUUUAGUCUGCCUUUUUUCUCUUAUAAAUAUCUGCUCUAAUCAGAUUUUUCAGUCUCAGAAGAUUUGGCACAGGCAUGGAAAGCCAGGCAAAAACUGGCCAUUUGACCAACCCCCUUUUUCUAAGGGAGCUGUGAUUGUGAGAAUUCAUCUUAGUAUGUCUGAUGUGAUUAUUUUAACUGACUAUAAAUUAACUCUACAUGUUAAAGUACAAGGACACUGUCCUUUUGAUCUUCCUUUACUUUCAGAAUCCACAAUGCCCAAGAAAACAUUUUUUAAUUUUGUUGUUGAAUCUACAACUCUUUCUUUACUUUCAGUAUAAUAGACAAACCAUUUUCUGGCAUAUGGAAGCAUUUCUACUUUGCAAGUUAUUCUGAAGUGGGUAUGAUUUGCAAAAUACUGUCAAAUUAAAUAUGCAUUUCCAUAUGCCUCUACAAAGACCAAAUAUAUCCAUGAAAACCAGCUAUAGACAACUUAAAAAUUUUUCAUGGGUAUUUUAAUCAACACUGCAAACAGUUCUUUCUAAAGUCCUAAAUUCAAAAAUCUUCUUGCUGUUUUUUAUGCUUUUAGCAUCAAUAUUACCUCAGACAAUUAUAAACCAACAUUUCAAAAUAAUAUAUUUCAAGAAAGUAUACGGAAAAAUUUUUUUGUUAAUAAAACUUUCACACCAAAAAUGUACUGACUUAGCUCUUCUAAGGACAACAUACUGUUAUCAAUCUUCAGGAAACAGUUUUCAUUAACCAAAACUUACAUUCUUAUAACUAUGCUUAUCAUACUGUUAGCUCUCUGGACAUAUUUUAACAAGCCUCCUUUUGACUAAGAUUUAAAGAUGUAAUUGAAUAUGCGACAGAACCUAGUGAAGCACUCUAUUUUAACAAUAUUUAAAGAUGAUUGGGAAAAUGAUUGGAGGAAAAGGAAUUGAAUCCCCUGAUACCUCCUAAAACUUCUUUCUAAAACAGCAUUAAAUUAGUUGAUUUGGAACAGAGCAGAGCAAGUGUAUACAUAGAUACAUACAUUUUUAGAAAAUAGGAACUGAUGAAGACCUUCUUCCCUAAUUGAGAGUAAGUUGGUAAUACUUUAUCUGUCUAAUGUCAUGGUCCUGUCAGACCUUAUAAUAGUCAUGCCCAGGGACUAGUUGCUGACAUCAAAGGAUGAAUGAACAAUUCACAGGCUGAAACAAAUUACUUUGUCAAGAUUUUUUUUUUUUUUUAGCACCAAUGAAUCUGCUUCCAUAACUUAGCCAUACAUUUACUUUCCCUUCCAGUGUACUUGGUCACCAACUUCCUGGAUUUAGAUUCUCCUUGCUCCUCUCAUUUUCAGUUGAGCUUUUGUUUUUUGCCUUUUGUUAUAGUUUUGUAUUUUUUUUUUUUUUUUGUCUUUUUAGGGCUGCACCCGCGGCAUAUGGAGGUUCCUAGGCUACUGAUCGAAUUGGAGCUACUCUACAGCCACAGCAAUGCAGGAUCGGAGCUGCAUCUGCGACCUACACCACAGCUCACAGCAACGCCUGAUCCUUAACCCACUGAGUGCGGCCAGGGAUUGAAUCUGCAUCCUCAUGGAUAUAAGUCAGGUUUUUUAACCACUGUGCCACAACGGAAACUCCACCUUUUGCUACAGUUUAAAUCUAUUAUUUUAUCUGAUCCUAUUCCUAUGCAGUAGCUUCACUUUUCAUAUAUGUGCUUGAACUACUGUUAUUUCUGAAUUCCAGCAUCAACUGGAACUGUAGCAAUUGUGUUUCUGUUUCCCAAGCUUUUCUUCUCACUCCUCAUGGUAAUUUAGUACAUCAAUGCCCUGUUGUGAGGGAUGGCCUAAAAACGUGACUGGGAUACGUAAGUACCCAUGGAACUAUGCCCAUAUCCCACUCAACAGGUCUUACUUCCCUGAAGGCAGGGUUUUAUUAUGCUCAAAACCACUUUUUUUUUGCAUUUGGUUAUCCUACUGGACUGCCUGCUUAGAAAAGACUGUCAAUGGAGUCAAUGGAGGUUGGAAGAAACUCUUUGGAUAAUUAUAGAUGAACAAAAACAAAGCUUGGAAUAACCAAAAAGAAGAAGGAAAAAAAAAAGUGUAUAACUGUUCCAGAAGUAAUAUUUUCACAGAACACUGUGGAAGAAUUUUGACUUAUAAUAUUGAAGAAACAGCUGCAUAAUGUCCCUAUACCACAUUUACACUCAUUAAAGGAAUAUUUAUUUGAACAUCUAUUAUAUUUCAGGCACUUAAAAAAAUCUAUUGUUUAUAGAUUAAUAAAGCAAAGAACUCUGCCCAUGUAGAGCUUACAUUCCAUUAAGGAAAGACAGACUAUGCACAUAAUAAAAAGCAAAUUGUAUAACAUGUCUGAAGUUGUUAAGUCCCAUGGGAAAUGAGAAUAGCAGAAAAAGGAAAGAAUACUCUGUGGGGACUUCCUGUUGUGGCUCAGUAAAUUAAGGACACAACUUGUCUCUGUGUGAGGAUAUGGUUCUAUUCCCGACCUGGCUCAGUAGGUUAAGGAUCCAAUGUUGCCAUAAGCUGCAGCAUAUGUUGCAGAUGUAGCUCAGAUCCAGUGCUGCCUGUGGCUCAGAUCUGGUGUGGCUGUGGCGUAGGCCUCAGCUGCAGCUCUGAGUCAACCCUUAGCCUGGGAACUUCCAUAUGCCUCAGGAGCCAUUUAAAAAAAAAAAAAAAAAAAAAAGGGGGAAAAGAAAGCAAUAUAAAGAAUUGGGAUCCAAUGCCCAUGUUGCCAGAAAAUUGACCAUGACAUAGCAACUUUUAAAAUGAUCACUCUGUUGGAAAACCUGCUGGGGAACCAUUACGGGAAACAGACAAGAGGUGACAACAAUUCAAAGCAAGAGAAUAGCAGUGGAGGUGAUGAGAAUUUGAAGGCUUCUAGAUCUAUUAUAAAAGAUAAGUGGCAGUAUUCUAAAGGAAGUCAAGAACUGAGACGUGAAUGUCAGUCAAGAGACAUUUGUAAUCAUACACAAGUUAUUCACUUUAUUAUCUAAAAUGUAGUAAUAGAAAAUGGGAUAAAGAAAGUAGGACAGUGUUAAAAGUUAUUAGGAGGAGUUCCUGUCGUGGCGCAAUGGUUAACGAAUCCGACUAGGAACCAUGAGGUUGUGGGUUCCAUCCCUGGCCUUGCUCAGUGGGCCGAGGAUCCGGCGUUGCCGUGAGCUGUGGUGUAGGUUGCAGACGCGGCUUGGAUCCCGCAUCGCUGUGGCUCUGGCGUAGGCCGGUGGCUACAGCUCUGAUUCGACCCCUAGCCUGGGAACCUCCAUAUGCCGCAGGAGUGGUUCUAGAAAAGGCAAAAAAAGACAAAAAAAAAAAAAUUUAUUAGGAAACCAAAUCAAGAAGACAUAGAAAAAAGUUUGGACAGAAGGAAAAUAAUGAGGGGAGAAUCAAAGAUUAAUUUGAUGCCUAUUCAACCAAUAGUCAAAACCCAAAAGUCAUGCAAUUAUCUUAUUUUUUAAUUUAAAAAAAUUCUUGAGCAUUUACUAGAGGCAAAGCAGUAUGCAAACACUGAGGAUACAGACAUGAGUAAGCUCUAUUUUCCUGAAAUUUAUCAUUCAGUGUGAGAGGGGAAAAAAAUGAGACAGGUUAGAUAAAAACCUUUGCAGAAAAGGUGAUAUUUGAGCUGACUGGAGAAAUCCUCCUAAUUCUUAAUCAGACUGAAGGGGGAAAGGCAGGGGUGGGGUGUUCCAGGCAUAAUCUUUGAGGUCCUUUGUGUUGCAAGCAAGGAGUUCUCAUUUUAUCACAAAGUAUCUCAUUUUAUGGCUAUCAACUACUCACAAGCAACAAGACUGAAAAUUCAAGUCUUAUCACUCCCCUAGUUCUUAUUUUGAUUAUGGGAAAAUAAACAGUUCUGGGGGAUUUCUAAAAUUCCCUUCCAGUUUUUAAACUGAUUUUCAAAUAAUAAACAUGAAGCAUCAGAAUAAAGUAAAUUGCUGGUAGAAAUAACUCAGAAACUAAAACAAUUUGAUGGAAAUCUGUGCAUAAUCGAGUCUAUUAAUGACUUUGAUGACCUUCUUCCACUCCACUUUUUUUUGUAAUAGGUGGUUAAAGCCCAGUAAGUUCAGACAAAUCGGUAAAAAAUUUUACUAUAACUUUCUCUUCUUUUUGCUUUUCUCAAGUAUAAAAGAGUACUAUGUUCUCAUUUCUUAAAGUUCAGUUGCCAAAAAUUUAUUAUGAAAACUAGACUACAUAAAAGCUAUUUGAAUAAAUAAAUUUCUCAUUAUUUCCUGAAACAACUUUUGAGGAACUUUUGAUUCUGUGAAACUCGAUUACUUGUUAAGGAUUUUAAGGAAUAUUCUUUCACUUGAGGUUAGGUUAGACAGGACAUCAGGACAUUAGGAUGUGAGAUGGUGGACAUUCAAACUUAUUUGCAAUUGCUAUUACAUAUUUUGUUUAAGAAUAAACAAUUACAGUGUAUCCCAAAUUUUGCACUUUUUAUAAUGCUGUAGCAGUUUUCUUCUUCUCCUUUUUUUUGGGGGGGGGCUGCACCCGUGGCACAUGGAGAUCCCAGGAUAGGGGUCGAAUCUGAGCUGCAGCUGCCAGCCUACUCCAUGGCCACAGCAAUGCCAGAGAGCCACGUCGGCGACCUACACCAGAGCUUGUGGCAACGCUGGAUCCUUAACCCACUGAGUGAGGCCACGGAUCAAACCUUCAUCAUCAUGGAUGCUAGUCAGAUUCAUUUCCACUGAGCCACAACAUGAACUCCCACUUUUUUUUUUUUUUGAUUCAGCACAUUUUUGAUGCCGUGAUGCAGUAAGACAACUGUAUUUAACUCUAGACCUUAAGAGAGAGAUAAAGAGAAGAGGAGAGGAAGAAAGGAGGGAAAGAGGAAGGGAAGAGGAAGAGGGGGGAAAAGAGGAAAAGGGACAAAAAAGAAGCUUACUCCCAAUUAUAAUUAUAUUCCCAAGCACAGACUUAACUUAUUAAAUGUGUGGUGAUAAACUGCCAAAUUAAAGGACAUCACGAAAGCAGUCCUUAAUGCAAAUGCACUUUCCUGGAAAAGAUUGUGAUCUAAUUUCUUUAUGUUAGAUUUUGCUCCAAUGAUUAACUGCAUUUUUAACGUGAGCUAAGAAAACCGGGAUAAGUUGUUUAGUUUUGGUGAGGUAUGAGGUGAAGAGAGGUAAGGGAUUUGCAGAAUAAGUUAAAUUAAUUCAGUGCAUGAAAUAUUUAAGGAUUCAUACUGGAAAUUCUGCUAUUACAGGCUUGCUAAGGAGAUCAAGGAGCGUUUGGAUAUUUCAUUUCAUAACUCUUAGCAUCCAAAAUCAUAUUCAGUGGAUCCCUGGUGGCUUCUUCUUACUGAAUCUAAAUAUUACGCCUCAAAGAUGCCUUUAUAAUAAGUGAUGGUUUCCAUUUGAUAAUACUUAUUUGAAACUCCUUUUAGGAAAUUUAUCAUGUUCAAAGAACAAAAAGCAUAUUAAAAUCUUUACUUUUCAUUAUUUAUUGGAUCUCUUCCAACACCUUCUCUCAAAAUUGUUAAUAGCUUUAUUUUAAGUCAAUUAACUCCCUGCUUGAUUUUUAAUUUUUGAUGGCAAAAGUUUCAAAUUUCUAGUCCAAGUAUGAUGAAAUUUUAUCUUAAUUGUUAUUGUUCAUAUUCAGUCCACAGAAAUGAUAUAUAAGCUUUUUGUGAUAAUAUCUACUUAUAAACUAACUUAAUGUUUUUUAAUUUUACUUCAUUAGCUUUAGAAUAUCUGUUUAUUGGAUUUCAUGCUAAGAUUUCAUUUAUAUUAUGUUUCUUUUUUUAAUUUUGAUUUUAUUUUUCUUGCAUUCCAAGUGGUGAGAUCUUAAAAGGAAUCUAACUUUCCCCUAGGUUCUUUGAAAUGUAUUUUGAGUUUGAAUAAAUAUUUUUUGAAAUAAUCAAUUAUUUAUUUGACAUUAACCAGUUCCCAUUCCACUUAUCAAAGCUUCAAGGUAUAAUAUACCAAUGAUAUGCUUACUUAGAUUCACUAGAUGCUUAGGUCUAUGCAUUCUAAAGAAGGGAAACUGGCUACAGAGAUUACAAAAGAAGAGAAAGUCAAAAGAACAGUUUUUAUUAGAAGGAGGAAAAAAAAAGCAUUGUAUAUAAAAAGAAUGUGGCUGUCAUUUAGCCUGGUGUUUUGCUAGGUCAGAACCCUAAGUGUAGUAUUAAAGAAAUCUAGGGAAUGUUACUUUUUUUAGAAUUUCUGAUGCAUUAAAAAAAAAAAAAAAUCCACUCCAGGUGAUUUUGCAUAUGUUUGUGAAUAUAUGUGGUCAUGAUGGUGUGUAUCUACAUUUGAGAUACAAGGACUAAUAAUUGUAUUAUCUUCUGCUAUUUAUCCAGUGUCUUGGAACCUCAAUUUUCUCAUGUGUAUAAUGAAGAUGAUAAUAGUAUCUAUAUCGCAGAAUUCUUUUGAUGACUAUGUAAUUGUUUAGAACAAUUUCUGACUCAUAAAGAUAUCUCAAAUAACUUUUGUUUCAUUGCUCUCAAAAUUAAUAAGACAACUAUAAGAACCUAAAUAAGGAAGAACCCACACAUCCUAAGUCAAGCAUUUUUUGACAUUUUUUACAAUACCUCUGCUAAAUGUUUGAGGAGUUAAUCAUCUGAUUUCACAUUGUUCAGUUCCCAUUAAUUGAAAGAUAACACACAGAUCACACUUUAUCUCUUGAACAUGUUAUUUUAGUAAACAGAAUUCUUUUUCUUUUUCUUAGUUAAAUUAACAAUGAUUUCCAAGAUUUUAAUCCAGUUAUGGUGAAAGUUAUAUUAGUAUGGGUUCUUAUAUUUAAAAUAUAUCAUUUAUGCUGUUUUUCAUGAAAAUAUCCAAAAUAACCUGAAAACUGUGAGAAAUUAAGAGAUUUGAAGACUUUUUUCCUUCACAAGAAAUUGUGGGUAAAAAUCUUUAAUGAGAUUGAAAAUGUCUGGAGUUCCCAUCAUGGCUCAGCAGUUAACAAACCUGACUAGGAUCCAUGAGGACACGGGUUCUUUCCCUGGCUGCACUCAGUAGGUUAAGGAUUGGGUGCUGCCAUGAGCUGUGGUGUAGGUCACAGACACGUGGCUCCGAUCCUGCAUUGCUGGGCUGUGGUGUAGGCCGGCAGCUACAGCUCCAAUUAAAGACCUAGCCUCAGAACCUCCAUAUGCCUUGGGUAUGGCCCUAAAGGGACAAAAAAAAAAAAAAAAAAAAAAAAGUAGGAUAACAAUGUCAUUCUCUUGUUGUAAUAUCCCAUUUAAACAAUUAUUUUUUAUCAAAUUAAAGUAUAGAGCAAUUAAUUUUAUAAAGUUGCGAUUAUUUCCAGAAGGAAUAACAUUUAGAAUUUCAUUAAGAUUGGAGAUAGAUACCACAAAUGAUUAAAAGAAUAUGGAAAUUAUUAAUACUUUAUGUCAGAUUAAAGACACAAAGGAAGAAAAACAUUGUAUGAAAAUUCAGUAACAGUUUGAAACAAUCACCACUGGCCUCAGGAUUUUGAAGCACGUACAACAUGGAAUAUCUCCUCCAUCCGCUCUUUUAAAAACUGUAAAGAGUGUUUUGUUGAGCUGUUUUAAUGAAUAUUUUCUUCAUGUAACUGCUUUGAUAACAGAAUUCAAUGAUGUCACUUUCAUAUGUACAUGUUAGACUUUAGUGCCAUAUAUGCUAUCCUCUUGCUCUGGAAUACUCUGACCCAAUUUAUUACAACUCUUAGGGAAUAAAUAGUCACUCUAAAGAAUGGUUUCCUUUGCUCUGUUUCUCUUCCUUCUUUUAAUAAGUUCAAUAUCCAUGUUGACAAAACUGAAACUUCUUACUUUUCCGAGUCUCUAAUUUCAUUUCAUUCAGGGUUUCAAUCCACUUAAUGUCUCAUUCCUAACAGAAUCUGUCAGCAAAUCUGUCUUUCUUAGCUCCUGUUUAAUAUCAAACAUCCAGGUUGGAGUCCUUUUUCCCUCAAUUCUUUCCACUUUGCUAUGUCCCCUGAUUCCACUCUUCUUGAUGAAGUGUCAUAAGUCCCACCCAUAGUUAAGAGGGAAGGGGUUGCACAAACACAUGAAUACCAGGAGGCAGAGACAGGGUGUCACCCAUCCACUCUGUUAAAUUAACAUUUGUUUAACUACUUUCUAACCCCUAGUCACACUCAAUAAACACUUUGCAGGCAGGAAACAUUUCUGUUUUAGCUUACUGUACUUGCUUCUAGCAGUGUCUCAACCUCUUUUGAAGAAUUAAUGAUUGAAAUAUAGAAAAACUCUAAAAUCCUGACCAAAGAAAGAUAAUUAGUAACACACAGGGUAGAAAUAAAGUCAGCUGUAACAAGCAUCAACUCUAACUUCCAUUAAACUAUUUUCCUUUACAUGAAUCCACUUUUAGUUUCUGUUUUUUUCACUUAGUUUCAAGGAACUAUCUCAGCUUCUACUUGCUUACUGGUUUUGUGAACUGAAGUUUGGCACUUGUCAUCAGCUUCUACAUAGAGUAAAACAUAAGCUACUGCAGCUGCUGACCCACAGCACCCCCUGAGCAAAACAUAGGGUGGAGACCAGGAGUGAGGCACUCUGUGCUCUGGGAAAACUGGAACAACAGGUGUUGAGAUAGUUAGAUAUUUUUAGAAGAUUUUAUGAGCCCAGUUCUUAUGUCUUCUCUUAUCAGAAAAACACUAAAAUCCCUCAAUGAUGACUUAUGUCUCUGAGUACUAGUAACCUUCAAGGGACCAGCAGCAAACUUCUGUAAAAUGGGCACAUGGCUGCAUGCACCUCCCCCUUCACUUUUAUGACUUAUAUCUUGAUAUUCCCCCUUUCAGAUAGCUCUGAAAUACUGUCUCCUGGGCUGUAGUUAGUGGACAAAACAGGGGAUGUCAUGGCCAACUUUCACAACAGCCACUCUCACGGGUGGGCCAGUGAACCCUGAGGGAAAUCAGGAAAGAAGCAUAAAAGACUGGUUCACAGCUGAGGUACAUAUCAAAGGAGUGAUUCCUAUAGGCCCAGACCUUUACAUCUUCUUCUACAAAUCUGAUUAUCUAUAUAUCUUUUGUUCCUACCACCUUCCCUUUGUUCCAAAACUCAUAUAUCCUGGCUCCCCACCUCACCUCCUUGGAGCAGUUUUUCAGGGCUACCUGAGAUGCUGCCUUCCGGACUUAAGUCCUAAUUUCACCCCAAAUAAAACUUAACUUUCAACUUUCAGGUUGUGUAUUAUUUUAGUGAACAGUUUGUUAAAGAUACUUGAUUUGAACACCCUCUUUCAACUUCCUCCUGAUAAUGCCACAGCUUCUUGCUUUGGGUCAGUGUUCCUAUUUACUUAUUGAGCAGGAUAUGGGCCUAACUAGCUUUGUUCCUUUAGAUGAUCAAACUCUAAGCUUUUCUUUUCUCAAAUAUGAAAUGAUAGAAAUAAUACCCACCUCAGAGUGUUGCUGCAAAGAUUAAGAUGACAUGAAACUAUCUUGCCCAUUUUCCAGCAAACAUGUCUGUUUCUGCCCCUUUCUUCUUAGCAGUUCACUAUACAAAAGCUUUGCUCGACCAUGCCUUUUGAAUAGGAUUUCCUGUUGGCAUAAGAACAAUUAAUUUUGUUAGAUGGACCACUCUUGAAUGUUCUAUUGGAUUAUGUAAUUUUCCUCCAAGGGUGACAUGGAUGUAAUGGCUGAGGGUUAUGGAUGGCAAACAAUUAAAAUCUCCAGUGGGGCUGUUUCUGGGCUAGUCUCCCAGUAUCAUUUGUAGUAACCCAGUGGAUAGCCAAAUAUUUCCUUGAUGAAUAAAUUCAAAAAGAGGCAUAUCAUCAUUCAAUAAUAAGGCAAUCUUAGAAACAAUUACAAUACCGUAUUUGUACUUUUCCAGAUAAAAUGUUAUAGUACUUUUAUGGAUUCAUUAAGUAAAGCAUGAAAAUAAUGCUGUGACCUCAGUUGUGGAAUCAAGUUCAAGUUUUUUUCUUUCUCUCCUCAGCAAAAGAACAUAUUUUCCCUUUGCGUAGUCACUUGUUUCUUUCCUAUUUGGGUGAUGAACAUGCCAUUAGUACUUUUAAGCAUAAGCUAUAUUUCCUCCUGAUACCAUGCUCACACACCAGGUCUUCGAUGUUUCUGUCAGAUACAUCCAGCAACCAUCAUAACUCAUACUCUAGAUGUUUUUAAUAUCACUCCAUAAACAGAAAUGACAAAUUCCUAGUCUUUUAACAAAUAUGCAAAAACAAAAGUUUCUAAAUAAGAAAAAA